ACACAUUUGUCCUAUAUAAGCAAUUGGUCUUCAAUUAAUUUAGCACCAACAAAAACAAAGAAAACACAAAUACAAACUCUCAACCAAAAGCUCUAUGGCAACUACAACACAAUUCAUUCAAGAAAACUUCCACUACUCGAGAAGACUACUCCUAAUACCAGCUGCUACAGUACAACAAUACCACCCGGAGACCACCAUGGCGCCGCCUCCGGCAGCCGGAAUCAGCCAUGGCCUAAUUAAUUUACCACUUGGUGACAGCUUCACCACAUUUGAGGCAAAUGUUAUUAUGGUUUUGGCAGUACUUAUAUGUGCCGUGAUUGGUUCGCUUGUCUUGAAUUCCAUCAUAAAAUGUAUAUUUAGUUGCUCUACCUUAGUAUUGGUGGAAUCAUCCUCAAACCAUACAAAUAAUAACCCUUCUUCAGCAAAAUCAGCCAACAGAGGGAUCAAGAAAAAAGCCCUCCAAACGUUCCCAGUUAUAACAUACACUACUGAAUGGAAAUAUCCAGGGCUCGACUCUGAGUGUGUCAUUUGCUUAUCGGAAUUCGGAGUUGGAGAGAAAAUCAAAAUUCUGCCCAAGUGCAACCAUCGGUUCCACGUCAAGUGUAUUGAUAAAUGGCUCAUUUCCCACACUUCUUGCCCUACUUGCAGGCACUGCCUUAUUGAAACUUGUCAAAAAAUUGUCAUAGGUACCAGUUCUGUUACUACGACUGCAAUUUCAUCAGCAGCAGUUCAAGAAACCGUGAUUAGUAUUGAACCUCUCCAACAUGAAGGUGCUAUACCUAACAGUCAAUGUUAGCUAGAAAAAUAGGAGUAGUACCUAGACCGUAGUUGAUUGACAUGUAUCACACAGUCAAUUAGAUAAGAAGCUUACACUUUAAGUUGAUAGUUUAAUUCUUCUUUUUCUCUUGUCGAAAAAGUUUUAGCGAGCUAGCAUGGCAAAAGCGCCAGCGUAGUUUUCCAGUGAUACAUUACCAGAUCUUGCAAGUGUAUAAAAAAUUAAAUUCUGAUA